AUGGCGAAGGCUAAGAAAGUGGUAGUGGGAAGGGGAAAGACUGAGGAGCGAGGCUCAUCCCAUGACAAGGGCGAGGCGCAGGCCUCGGAAGGGGUUCCUGGGGAUAAUCCUGCCGGGGGUAAGGCUGCCGAGGACGAACCUGCUGGAGACGAUCUUUCCGGGGUGGAGGCUCUGUACACCGCGGUGACGGAGGCCCAGGAUGGAGAGAAGGUUGCGGAGGCGGAGGAGCCUAUGGAGGACUGGCUUGCGGCAGGCCCUCAGGCUCCCGAGCCGGUCUUGGACCCUUGUCCUCGUAAGCGGGCCGCUAAUCAAGGAGCGGUAGUCUCUGAUCCUACGCCUGCCACAAAGAAGGCGAAGGAGGCUGUCUCCAAGAGCAGCAUCCCUGAAGUCGCGCGCGGGCAUUCCCCUCGGCUUUCCGGGGCCAAGGCUCCUUCCGUCGAGAAGCCAGCAGCCAUGGAAGAUGUCCCCGGCGUCCGAUCGAGUUCGAGCUCUUCGCAGAGCUCGUCUUCAUCGGAGCACCUUACAUCCCGGCAGGAGUCGAAGCUGCCGGCGAGCUCCGUUCCCCCGCCCUAA